CGAGACCCUGUUGAGCAAGAGAUGAUAUUAAAACUCUGAGAGCCAGAGCAAUGUUGGAUUCAAGCACUGAUGAGACUUUGCCAAACCUCACAGCGUUUCUACAGACGGAUCCGUACAUAACACAUUAUGAGGGAGAGCUGCGCAGAAGAUAUAAGCGGUUUGUCGAGCGUCUGGCACAGCUGGAGGAGGCGGAAGGGACCUUUGAUUGCUUCACACUGAGCUACCGGUCCUUCGGAAUUCAGCGGCGACCCGACAACGGUCUGGUCCUUAGGGAAUGGGCGCCGGGAGCGGAGGCCGUCUUCCUGACUGGGGAUUUCAAUUCCUGGGAAAAGCUGUCUCACCCUUUCACGCAGAAAGAAUAUGGGAAAUGGGAACUAUACCUCUCUCCAAAAGCGGACAAAUCUCCUGUCAUCAAGCACCUGACCCAACUCAAGUUGGUGGUCCUGACUAAAACAAGUGAAUAUCUGUUUCGGAUCUCUCCCUGGGCCAAAUAUGUCACAAAAACACUGGAUUCUGUCACAUAUGAUUGGACUUACUGGGACCCUCCACAACCAUACCAAUUCCAGCACCCCAGACCCCCACGGCCCAGCAGUCUUCGUAUCUACGAGGCCCAUGUGGGCAUCAGUUCGCCUGAGGAAAAGAUUGCCUCGUACAAAAACUUCACCAGAGAUGUGCUUCCUCGCAUUAAGGAUCUUGGAUACAACUGUAUCCAGCUCAUGGCAAUCAUGGAACAUGCCUACUAUGCAAGCUUCGGCUAUCAAGUCACUAACUUCUUUGCAGCUUCCAGCCGCUUCGGCACUCCUGAUGAUCUGAAGUAUCUGGUUGAUACCGCACACUCCAUGGGCAUCACGGUUCUUCUAGACGUGGUCCACAGUCACGCCUCCAGCAACACAGAAGAUGGGCUGAACUACUUUGACGGGACGGACUCUUGUUUCUUUCACGGAGGCUCCAGAGGAAACCACUCGCUCUGGGGCAGUCGGCUCUUCAAUUACUCCAGCUGGGAGGUGGUGCGGUUCCUGCUCUCCAAUCUGCGCUGGUGGAUGGAGGAGUAUCAUUUUGACGGCUUCAGGUUUGACGCAGUGACUUCAAUGCUGUACCACCACCAUGGCAUCGGCACGUCGUUUUCUGGGAACUACAGCGAGUACUUUGGAACGCAUGUGGAUGAAGACGCACUUGUAUAUCUGAUGCUGGCCAAUCACAUUCUCCACAGGCUCUACCCACAAUGCAUCACUGUAGCAGAGGAUGUUUCAGGGAUGCCAGGCCUGUGCAGGUCCAUUGAAGAGGGAGGACUGGGCUUUGAUUAUCGUCUGACCAUGGCCGUGCCAGACAAAUGGAUCCAGGUCCUGAAGGAAGUUCGGGAUGAGGACUGGGAUUUGGAGAACAUAGUUCACACCCUGACCAACAGAAGAAGCGGGGAGGCCUCUAUCACCUAUGCUGAGAGCCAUGACCAGGCAUUGGUUGGGGACAAAUCGCUGGCGUUCUGGCUGAUGGACAAAGAGAUGUACACCAACAUGAGCACUCUUAAUGCCAUGACUCCUGUUAUAGACCGUGGCAUCCAGCUGCAUAAACUUAUCCGUCUCCUCACUCACAGUCUAGGAGGGGAGGGCUACCUCAACUUCAUGGGUAACGAGUUUGGCCAUCCAGAAUGGCUUGACUUUCCCAGGAAAGGAAACGACGAGAGCUACUAUUAUGCUCGUCGCCAGUUCAACCUUGUGGACAGUGAGCAUCUGCGAUACCGACAACUAUAUGCUUUCGACCGUGACAUGAAUCUUACAGAAGACAAAUACGGCUGGCUGGCUGCCGGUCAGGCAGCAGUCACGACUCUGAAUCAAGCCGACAAGGUGAUCGUUUUCGAACGCGCAAACCUGCUGUUCAUAUUCAACUUCCAUCCGUGCAACAGCUACAACGACUACAGGGUGGCAGUGGAGCAUGCUGGGAAAUAUAAGAUCAAAUUGAACUCGGACGAGCUUCAGUACGGGGGUCACGGGAGGCUUGUGCAGGACACAGAGUUCUUCACAGAGCCCAUGCCUUUCAAUGGUCAAGCCCAGUCAUUUCUGAUCUACAUUCCUUGCAGAACUGCUCUGAUCCUGGCAAAUGAGGACAUUGAUUUCAGACAGUGAGGACUGUGCGGAUGAUUGGAGCUGAUUCUUGCAUCAUAUCCCAGAAUUCUGUGCAACCCUACAGUACAUCUGCUUAUGUUCACUUGAAAACGCUGUUAUUGCACCAUAACGUUGUCCCAUAUUCAGAGAUGUACAGUUUUAUACGAAAGAAUCUAUGAAAACAUGAAUAAUUUUAUAAAAAAAAUAAGAGGGAUCAUACAAAAUGCAUGUUAUUUUUAAUUUAGUACUGUCCUGAGUAAGACAUUUUACUUAAAAUAUGUUUACAUAUGUCCACAAGACAAAAAAAUUGCUGAAAUUAUUAAAAUAACCCCCUGCAAAAGUUUGGGAAUGCUUGGUUCUUAAUACUGUGUGUGGUUACCUGGAUGAUCUAUGACUGUUUUUUGUGAUGGCUGUUCAUGAGUUUUCCAGCAUCUUUUGCAUAUUUGAACCCUUUCCAGCAGUGACUGUAUGAUUUUAAGAGCCAUCUUUUGACACUGAGGACAACUGAGGGACUCAAACACAACU